AUGCUCGCCGAGUCCCGUGACUCCUCCCUCCCCGCCCCGCCACCACUGAACACCAUGAUAUACGAUCGCCUCGUCGAGUUCCUCAAGUACGGGUCGCCUCACCCGGUUUUGCGGACCCACACUCACAUCCUCUCUGCUCCGGAAACUCGGGUCACCACCCUCUCCAAUUGCAUUCGUGUCGCCACCGAGUCAUCUCUCUCCGCCAAGACCAUGACGAUCGGGGUGUCGAUUGAUGUCGGGUCCAGAUUCAAGACCGCGUAUUUUUUGGAGCAUAUGAUAUUCAAGGUGACUGAGAAGAGGUCCGCUAGGGAGCCGGAAGAGGAGCUUCUCCAUCAAGCCGCCCCCUGUGUCGACCUGGAACUGCUUCGCUGA